AUGCUGCGCUGAGUCUGCCUAGAAGGCUGCCUGUCAUUCCUGAGUGUGAGCCCCUGUGGUCCCUCGGUCCUCUCCCACCAGCACUCCGGAGCAGUGUGUGGCUCACACCUGGUCCCCCAGGCAUUACAGAAAACUUCCCUAACAGGUCUCUACUCUCUGCUUCUCAGCUCGGGCAGGCAUAGGGGGCACUGGAGUGAUCGUCCCAGACUGGCCUGGAGCUGCAACCCUUGGCUGGAGAGAGGAGAGUUUUUGGGCUUGAGCACUAGGGGGUAAAAGCCUCCCAUUUAUCUUACCUCUGGCAGCGGUCAGGAUCCGACAAUCCUCAGUGGUCCCCAGCCCCCACUGCUGCAUCCUCCUCCCCUAACCCCACCUCCCUAACCUCUCCUCCACUAAUCUCCGCCUCCUCGGCUUCCCUUAAGGCCCUCCCUAGCCUCCCCUUCCCAGUCUCUCCCUGUCAAGCUCCGGUCAGGCUCAGGCAAGCUCCGGGACUGUGGCUGAUCAAAGGUUAGAGUGGAAUGAAAGGGGUGGAACUUUUCUGAAAGCGAAAGUAUGGGGUCCGAGUAGAGAGUGGGUCAGGGCGGUCCUGUGGCUGGGAAGUCCCAGCUGUUGGUCCACCAGUUGGGCUGUGCUGGCAGCCACCUCUCUCCUGGACCUGAUCUCAGAAUCCUGCUUGGCUGGCUUGCUUAGGACCUCUGCUGCCUGGGUGCAGUUGUCUGCGUGCCUAUCAGGAAAGGACUCAGCUUGCAGGGAAGGUUUCAAGGCACGGACGCCACAGCCUGCCGGCAGUGGUUGCCCCGGGGCUUUGAAGGACAGAGGAUAGCCUGGUCCUAGGAUCCCAGGCCCCAGAGGGAAGGCCUUAAGAAGCUUCCGGUUUGAGCAGCAGAGAUCCUGCCUUUCCAGCUGAAGGGCUCUCCUGCUGCCAAGAUGCCUUUGCCGCAGACAGAGGCCCCUGGGCCAGAGGUGAAAAGCCCCAGGGAACCUAGGAAGUCACAGACCCUCCCUGUGACCACCUGGAAGUCCAACAGUAUGAAAGAGCAGAGCACGCACCACGGGGGCAGCUUGAGACCCAGCUUGGGCAUGCUGAAGCAGACCCUCUUCCGGACCAGCCUGAGAGCUUCAACCCACAAGCCCAAGGAGGACCCGGGCCUGUUCAGGCGCAGCUCCCGUUUCCUGUUGAGGUCCUUGAGACGGGCCAUAGACGAAGGCUUAACUGCUGGGCAUCCCCAAGGCCCUGCAGUACCAGAGAAGCCCUCCAGAGUCACAGAUGGUGCCAGCAGGCAGGCAGCCACUGGGACAGAGGCUGAGGAUCUGGAACCCCAGGCAGAAAGUAAAUCCGUGGCAGACCUCAUCACUGAGCGGCAGCUAGUGAAGGCCUUUGAACAGUUGCGGUACCUGGAGACGCAGCUGGUAGCCGACAAAACCUCACGUACCUUUACACAGGACCCCACCGCCUAUGCGCGGCGCGCUAUGGACCUUUGUCUACAUUACGACGGAAUGGCUGCGGAGAUCGGAGCCAUUGUGCGCGAGGCGCUGAGUUCCGAAGGCGUGGAUCGAGACGCUCUAGCGGAACUGGCCCAAGUGGUACACUUGGAAGAGGAGGCCCAUCAGACCUCCCAGGCCGAGGGUGAUUUCUUGAGUACUCCCCGCCACUGGCGUCUGCAUUGGGAGGACGCGGUGCGUCUCAGCGCUCAGGAGCGCGUACAGCAGGCAGGCGCUAAAGUCAUCCCCGGGGCUGCGGAGGGAUCAUCCGACCUAGCCCAGCUUCUGGCUGAGCUCGGUGGCGUGGUUCGCCAGGACCUGCAGAAGGUGCGCUUAGAGAUGCAGCCCGCUUACGAAGCCACCGACUUCCCAGUGUGGGAGACCUACUUGCGUGCCUUCCACAGCGCUGUGGCCCAGCGCCUACAGGAGCUGGCGCGAGACGCCCGCGGCUGUGAGCAGCUCUAUGUGCUGUUAGACUGGGCCGCCAAUGUCUAUGGCAGUCCUGACUUCCUGGGCGCCCCAGACUUGGCGCUGCCCACCGAACCGCUGCCCCCACUUCUAGAGCCUGCUCUGUGGGCUCGACUGGAGAGUGACUACACUAGCUUCCUGGAGACCAAGAUCACAAGCUGUUUUGACAGCAUCUUGCAGCUGGAACAGAAUCGCUGGGAAGCCGACGAGGACCGGGAAGUGCUGCAGGGCCUCUACCACGCGCCCCUGUCCAUCGAUGUGCACAUGCUGGUAGCUGAACAUGUGAAGGCAGCUGGCGCUAUCUCCGCGGAGCUGGAGGCCACCACCCUGCAGAUCUGCGCGCGUGCGCUCUGUCUCUUUGUGCCCAGGUUUGAAAAGGCUUUUCUGGCGUCGAAGGCGGUGAGCGAAUGGUACCUGGGUGCCUACAUUAACGCCUGCGUGGAGCUGAGAACCAGUCUUCUGGCCAGGUUCCCAGGAACCAUAAAGGAACUAGAGAAACCCCUGGUGGCUGCCACCAAUAGCUUCCAGAAACAUUUGCUCCAGAUUGUACAGCAAGACAUGCAGCCUCUAUUUAAGGUGCUAUAUACCAAGAGCUGGCUCACACAGGACACACUUCGUCCCCUCAUGGACAAGGUGGUGGACUUUGCACAUCAUCUUGAGCAUGUGACCCCACCACUGGCACAGGAGACACUGCAGGAGGUGCACCGUUUUGUGGUCCGAGAAUACCUGGGGCAGGUGCUAAGGCCCCAUGAGAGGUUCAGUGGCCAGGAUCGACUGAAGGGCUCCAAUAAGAUGAACCUGGAUGCCCAGGCCAUUAGCAACACCUUCCAAGGCUUGGGCUCUGAAGCCAAGUGGCUGGACCAAGCCAUCCUGUCUGUGGCUGAGAUCCUGGGCGAGACAUACAAAGACGACAUCCGGCGGCACCUGGAAACACUUAUACGGAGCUACCCGGACAUCAGGCGAGACCACAUUCUGGCCAUUCUGGCACUACGCAGACUCGGCCGCCGCCGGAACCAGAAUCUCUUGCAACACACCCAAGACUUGCUGAGGGCCGCCCACGAGUCCAGGCUCCCCUCACACCACGUGCUCUUCGAGGAGAUCGAAGUGCCCACCUCUGUGGACGUGCUAAUCACCUGCAUCUAGGGCUGAAGGGCAAGCAGGAGCCUCGUUGGCCGAGGAUCUGUCACCCUCCCCAUGACUGACCCCAAGUUGGGAGCCCAGUGAGUCACUCUGGCCCUACCCCUAGCACUGAAGCCUGGGGCCUUGGAAUUUUUGGUCUCAGCUGCCUGGCUGCUCAGCCAGAGGAGCCAGGAGAUGAGGCAUUCCGGGCAUUUGUGGGGGAGUCUUUUGGGGCUGUGGAGUCUCCUUUCAGGACUUCAGGCCUGGGAAGGCUUCCCUUUCUAACUGCUCAGCACAUCCACACUGUAGUGUGAAGCUGAGGAUUCUAAAAAUAAAUGUGAAUUAAAAUAGUGUACAAGGUUGGGCAAGCUAAGCUGGUUGGGAGAGGUGAUGCUGGAUCGAAUGUAUGGGAGGACCGAGCCAGUCCUGAGCUGGAAAAGUCCCUGCCUGCCGCAGCAGAUUGAAAUAGGAGCCUUGGCUCCCCCUUCAGAGGUUGUGCUCCCAGCACCCACAGGGCAGUAAACAACCUUGUUCACCUCCAGUUCCAGGGGACCAAAAGCCCUCUCUGGCCUCUGUGAGUGUGAGCUUGUGCUGAACACAGACAUGCAGGCAGGCAAGACACCUGUGCAUAAAGGAAAACUAAAUACAUUUAAAAAGCAACAACAAAGCAAAGGCAGACCCCACACCCUGGGUCCCUAGCUUCAGAUACCAUGUUGGUCUUGCCCAGAAGGGGUAGACAGCCCCUCAGCCUCUCGCUAGGCACCUGAGCCCUCGUGAGCACCGGUUCUGCAGCUUGCAGUAUUCUAGUUUCAUGUAGGAGGGACUCUCAAGCAAUAAAACUUGCCAGGUCA